AUGCGGCUCAUCAUCCGUGACGACGAGACUGAGGCAUGCAAGUAUGUCGCCAAUUACGUCGUGGACCGCAUCAAUGCCUUCCAACCCACACCCGAGCAUCCCUUUAUCCUCGGCCUCCCUACAGGUUCUAGCCCUAUCGGAGUGUAUGAUAUGCUAGUACGCAAGUACAAGGCUGGCGAAGUCUCGUUCGAGAAUGUAGUCACCUUCAACAUGGACGAGUAUGUCGGUCUUCCUCGAGACGACCCCAACUCCUACCACUCCUUUAUGUGGAAGCACUUCUUCUCUCAUGUCAACAUCCACCCUUCCAACGUCCACAUACUCGAUGGCAACGCUGCCAGCCCGGAGGCCGAAUGUGACGCAUACGAGGAAGCUAUCAAGGCAGCUGGUGGUAUUGAUCUCUUCUUGGCCGGCAUUGGUGAAGACGGGCACAUCGCUUUCAACGAACCCGGAUCAAGCCUUGCCAGUCGUACCCGAGUCAAGACAUUGGCAUACGACACCAUUCUUUCUAACUCGCGCUUCUUUGACAACGAUGUAAGCCGGGUGCCAAGAAUGGCUUUGACUGUGGGCGUCCAAACAGUCCUUGAAGCAAGAGAGGUUGUUGUCAUUAUCCUUGGGGCCCGCAAGGCGCUUGCACUGCAAAAAUGCGUCGAACAAGGUGUCAAUCACAUGUGGUCGCUAUCAUGCCUUCAGCUCCACCCCCAUCCCAUGAUUGUUGUGGACGAGGACGCCACAUUGGAACUUCAGUACUUCAAGAGCAUCGAGAAAGUUGCUCGCGAGCAGGGAUUCGAGCAGAUUCUUCCCUCCAAAGUACGAACUGGCAAUGUUGCUAUCCCUGAAACCAAGAUUCAGAGAGCUCAGAGUCCUACGAUUAUCGCUCCGGAGCCGAUUGCUUCACACCUCUUGCGAGCGACACCUGCGGGCGAUUACUCUAUGAGAACCCCUUCGCCCGAUUUGUUCCCCGACCGAAUGGCGUCGCGUAUUCCGGAACCGAACCUGAACCGCAGACUUACCCCCAACCUCGAAGUUCAGACCGACGUCCCAAAGACGAAAGUUGAGAUGAUUGAUAGUGCUGUCGCCAUGUCUCCAGACGCCCCUGUCGCGAACUUGCUCCAACCGAUGACCGCAAACAUUAAGGCAAUGCGAUCACCGUCGCCAGACCUGGUUCCUGACAGUAUGGCCUCGCGCAUUCCUGAGCCAGAUCUAAGCCGCAGGUUGACACCCAACCCUGAACUACAGAAGAAAAUCAACACCGUCGGGGCGCAUUAA